AUGACGAGCUCAGAAGACGAGCAAAAAUGCAUUUAUGAAAUUCUAGAAAAAGGAAGUGCUUCUGGUAGUUCUGGUCAGUGUAAAAAUAUCCAAGCUUUCUUGGGAAACGUUUUAACAAAUAAUACUCAAAUUGAUUCAGAUAAUUAUAGAAUCGACCCUGGACCCCUUAAGAUUGAAUUAAAAAUAAGGAAAGAAUUAACUCAGUUCGAAAAAACCUAUCAAUAUUAUGAAGAACAGAAUCUUUGUAGUCAAGGAAUUUUCGCUGAUGGAAAUUCGAUCCAUCCUCAAUUGCCGAAUAGAGAACAAAUGGAAGAUGAAGAUGAUCAAGGCCAAGAAGAAGAAGAAGGUGAUGUUGAUCAAAACCAGGAAGAUGAUGAUCAAAUCCAAGAAGAAGAAGAUGAUGAAGACCAAGAUCAAGCAGAAAAAAUUUUGUUCAGCGAAAUUUAUAAUGUGCUCGAUAAAUCAAAUAUCGAUUGGACUGCUACAAUAAACUAUCUUACACCAUUGCACUAUGCCAUUUUAUGCUAUGCCUUAUACGACUCAAACGAUUUCCGUGACUUUUACGCUAGAAAAGUUCUAGAAUUAAUAACUCCAGGUUGUACGGAGUAUUCUACCAAAGCCAAGCACUUCAUUGUUCGCUGCUUGAAUAAUUUCAAUUUAAAUGAAAAUGCAUCUGAUGGAAUCCCGUUCCUCAUUAACUUUGCAUCACAAAUGGAUACAAUUAUUCCAGGUGUAUUUCAACAAAUCUACGGAAAUGACAAAAUCACUGGUUUCAGAUCUAUCCUUCAGCAGUUCCUUGUGAGACCAGAGCUCAGAAUGCAAGCACCAAUCAUCUAUCAAUAUCUUUUACAUUCUGGCAACUUCGAUAAAGUUGAUUUGUUCAAGCCAGUUCUUGAAUAUUCCCAAAGUCGUGGUCAAGAAGAAGAAGAAGAACCAUCAGAAGAAGUUGAAAAAUACCUCAAUGGAUUACAAUUCUUACCAAUCAAAGACGGAUUCCAAAAGGAAUUUCACGAUAGCAUGGAUAAUGGAAAGACUAUGGAUUUCAAUGAGCCAUUGCAACGCACUUUAAUGUCUCAUAACUUCUUUAUUUCAAAGAUUGAGAAAUACUUAUCACAAAGACCAGAUGAGAUUUCCGCAACUACAGAAGACGCUUCGAGUUUCAAGAUCGAUGUUGACACAUUGGAUCGCUAUUUAUUAUUCGCUCUCAGCCCUCAUAGCGACUUAAAUGGUCAAUUACAUGAUAUCGCAGAAGCAGAAAAGCAAUUUAUUUCCUACAUUUCAUCAAUGAAAUUCUACUACAUCAACUGUAACGAUAAGAAUCAAUGGAGCAGCUUUUGCGAUGGCUUCUGUCCAAAUGUUCCAACAAUGUCAGUCAGUACUGCUUUCCACAAGAAGAUCGAGCAUCAUGAAUUAUUGUCUAAGGAUAAGUUGAUUCACAUCAGACAAUACAUCCUUGAAACAGGAAUGGCAACAGCUAUGCAGAGUUCUCUUGAGUACGUAAUGAUGAAACUCAUGGCAGGUGAUAUUGAUACAGAGGAAUCAAUGUACGAAGCAUUUUACCAGAUCCAAACUCCUGAAGGAGAUCCUACAUCCCUUGAAGAGAAGGAGUGUAUCAAUGCUUUGUCAAAAAUGCUUGACAUAAAGGUUGGAAAUCUUUAUGAUUUCUACUACGAAGUUCAGCAUUGCGACAAAAACAUCUUCCAGAUCAGGAGAUAUAACUGCAAUGUCAUGAAGUUUGAGGCACGCACAAGCUCAUUGGGAAUCACAAACUUUUCCAAUGAAUUCAUGAAAAUCAAUCAUGAUUACAACCAGGCUUACAGGAUUGUCAGAAAAUGCGUGGAAAUCAUCGAAAAAGAUGGUUCAAACGUAAAUAUUGACCCUGAUAUCGCCGAGAAAUACUUCAAAGAAUGCAACGGUGAUUCAAAGCUCAUUCUCUACAGAGCUAAAGAAGCAUUCAGCUACUUCAUUUGGUACACGUUAUAA